UCCACUGCUGCCACCAGCUCCUUUCCUCUGUCUUCCUCCUCCCCUCGAAUCCCAGAUCCACCCAACCAGCCGGCGGCGGCCACCUCUCCCCUACCCCCACCGAUGACCUGCGGCCUCCGACCUCUGCCUCCGACCUCUGCCUCCGACAACCCAACCCAACCACCGUCGGCGAGGCCGCCGGAGCCAUGGGCACAUACAAGUGCUGCCUCAUCUCCAAGCGCUGGUAUCACUGGACGGACGCGCGAUCGCCAGACGACAUGCGCGCGCUCUUCACCGGCCACUCGGGCGGCGCCGCCACAAUGGGCGCCGACGGCCUGCGCUGCUACCUCGAGUCCUCCGUGGGCGAUGCCGACGUCGACAACGGAGAGGGCGAGGCGGAGCGCCUUCUGGACCAGAUCUGGCUGCACGGGCACCAGGACCAGCACGCCAGCCCACGCCUACCCGCGCCUGGGCCACGGCCAGCUGCUCGGCCUCGACGACUUCCACCGCUUCCUCUUCUCCGCCGACCUCCACCCGCCCCUCCCCCGGCCGCGGGUCCACCACGACAUGUUCAGGCCCCUCUCCCACUACUACGUAUGCACCAGCCACAACUCCUACCUCACCGGCAACCAGCUCAGCAGCGACUGCAGCGACGUCCCCAUCAUCAAGGCCCUGCAGCGCAGCGUCCGGGUCAUCGAGCUCGACAUGUGGCCCAACUCCGCCAAGGACGACAUCAUCAUCCUCCAUGGCAGGUUGCUUUCUGAUCCUUUAAUUUGCUGCUACCUAGAGUACAUACUGCAUAACAUAGUAGUACUACAUGCUAUUUGGAUGUUGUUCCCCACAUCGAUCCGGCCUUCACUAGGUUGGACUCUUUCCUCUCCGAUGCCAGCGAUGAUGGAAAAUUCCAAGCAAAUAUCCAUUGCACCCUCAGAUUCGUAGGU